CCGAACAACGAGUUGAACGAGAUCAAUCGGAACACGGAGGAAGAACCGGACGUAUAUUUGAUGUUCGAUUAUGACUCUCUAAAACGAGAGAUAAGAAAAGAACAUGAACUUGAGAAUGAAGUCGCGGAACAAUUCAACGUUGAAUCGACGGAUGUUGUUGAUGAUGACCAAUUUGGUGAAUGGAUACUUUCAACUGGCAAGAACAUUUCUCGAAUUCUGAAGGAGUUCAGAGCAAAAAUCCCCAAAACGAAGGCUUUUUUCUACCCCACUUUUUUUGGUAUAUUAGAUCUGUCCGGUGAGGACACUGAAGUCAAGGAAUUCUUUACAGAUGAGGAAUGGUGUGAGAUGACAUCUGAUUUCAGUAAAACAGUAACAUUCCAUGACGUUAACGAGCAGGAGGAAAAACUUCUGUACAAUCUGCUUGACAACAUCGAAAAGGUCUUGGGAAAAAAGCCAAAUGACUUGGUUACCGAAAUCGAAAAAUGCAUAAUCGAGGGUUUUCCGAAGAUUAACGUUAUACGACGACUUAUCCAAACAUAUGUGUAUAACCUGGAGAGACUAGGCAGCACAACCUCGGAGGCCGCCUUCUGCAGCAAUUUCAUAAACAUGAUGACGAAGGGUAUCCUGACUUAUCAGCAAAAGUUGGAAUAUGACGAAGGAGAAAUCCAAAGCCUUGCAUCGGCACUGAUAGCGAAUUUAAGCAAGAAACCAACUGACAGGUCUCUUAUCGGUCAAAAGUGUGACUUUAGAGUUACAGCUGAUGGGUUUGAGGCUAUUGUUGGACUUAGAUCAGGAGGUUUGCCCGAGGCAUGCAAAGCAAAGAAAUGGGAUGAUAAGGUCGACCUGAUGGUCGCUAUGCGUGAUGUUAUUUUGAAAGAAGCAAUUGAAUGCAAUGGUGUCGAUUGUCAAGAUUUCAAGAGAAUCUAUACAUUAGGAGUCCAUUCAUAUGGCUUUUAUUACAACGUCUAUGCAAUGGAUUGGAGGGCCAAGGGUUUAUGGCGAUUAGGCCUACUGAAAAAAACAAGGCUGCCACAGUCAAACGGACAGUUACUCAUGAUUGAGAAGCUUGUGACAACAUUAUUGCGAAUUGAGUCACACACAUCGAAAGUAUCCGGAACGAUUUGGCUAUCAAAGCCUCAAGAUUGUAUAGAGACAGACGCAGUUCAGUCUUUCUUAAACAAUAUGCAAUUUGUGAAGAAGGGCGCAUACGACGAAUACGUGUUAAAAAACAUAUUGAAAGGGAAGUGUACAAUUAAACACAGCAUACUUCCUAAAACGGAGUGA